UCUCAGACUCAGACGUCUCACACUUUUGUUUUUUUUUGUUUUGUUUGUGGUCUCUUUCAGGUGCAGAGGGCCUGGAUCGAAAGAACAUUUUGCAAAAGAGAAUGCGUCCAUAUAUUUCCCAGCAAAGAUCCCAUCAGAUGUGCGUGUGGUCAGAUCAGCGCUCAGCACGUGGCCAUCCCUCCCGGGGCCACGUCUCUGGAGGAACACAGCUCCGCCCCCAUCGACCCCAGAGACAAAUGGUCCGUGGUGAAGCACACGCGCACUUACCCCACCGACGCGUACGGCAUGAUCGAGUUCCAGGGCGGAGGCUUCGUCAACAAGGCCCUGUACAUCCGCUGCUCCUUUGACACUAAACCGGACAACCUCCUGCACCUGAUGGUGAAGGACUGGCAGCUGGAGCUCCCCACGCUGCUCAUCUCCGUCCACGGGGGUCUGCAGAACUUCGACCUGCAGCCCAAACUCAAGCAGGUGUUUGGGAAAGGUCUGAUCAAAGCGGCGGUGACCACAGGAGCGUGGAUCUUCACCGGGGGAGUCAACACUGGUGUGAUCCGUCAUGUUGGAGACGCUCUGAAAGACCACUCCUCCAAAUCCAGAGGGAAAGUCUGUGCCAUCGGGAUCGCCCCCUGGGGGAUACUGGAAAACAAAGAGGAUCUGCUGGGGAAAGAUGUGACGAGACCGUACCAGACCAUGGCCAACCCGCUCAGCAAACUCGCCGUGCUAAACAACAGCCACUCCCACUUCAUCCUGACGGACAACGGCACCUGCGGGAAGUACGGCUCCGAGGUGAAACUGCGCCGCGUGUUGGAGAAACACAUCUCGCUGCAGAAGAUCAACACGCGUCUGGGGCAGGGCGUCCCUCUGGUGUGCCUGAUCGUGGAGGGGGGUCCUAACGUGAUCUCCAUCGCUCUGGAGAGUCUCCGUGACGACCCGCCCGUCCCCGUGGUCGUCUGCGACGGCAGCGGACGCGCCUCUGACAUCAUCUCCUUCGCCCACAAGUUCUCAGAGGAGGGAGGUCUGGUCAGCGACGAUGUCCGAGAUCAGCUCCUCGUGACGAUUCAGAAAACCUUCAACUACGGCAAAAGUCAGUCCCAACAAAUCCUGCUCAUGGUGAUGGAGUGUAUGAAGAAGAGGGAGCUGAUCACAGUGUUUCGAAUGGGCUCAGAGGGACAGCAGGACAUCGAAAUGGCCAUUCUGACGGCUCUGCUGAAAGGGACAAACGCCUCCGCCCCAGACCAGCUGAGUCUGGCUCUGGCCUGGAACAGAGUGGACAUCGCUCGCAAUCACAUCUUUGUUUACGGACAUCAUCUGCCACCCGCAGGUGCGCUCGCCGCCACCACCACCACACCAGCCCCUCAGGAGAAACAGAAGAGUCCCGCCACCGCCCCCCAAAGCAAAGCCCGCGCCAAGAAGGGCAAAGGCAAAGGCAAAACCAAACCAGAGCCCCCGGAGGAGACGGACCCACGCAAACUGGAGCUCAUACGCUGGGUGAACUCUCUGGAGCAGGCCAUGAUGGACGCUCUGGUCCUGGACAGAGUGGACUUUGUGAAGCUGCUUCUGGAAAACGGAGUCAACAUUCACCACUUCCUGACCAUCCCCAGACUGGAGGAGCUCUACAACACGAAACUGGGCCCCGCCAACACCUUGCAUCCUGUGGUACGAGAUGUAAAAAAGGGGAAUCUUCCUCCUGAUUAUCAGAUCACUCUGAUCGACAUCGGGCUGGUCCUGGAGUAUCUGAUGGGCGGAGCUUACAGGAGCAAAUACACACGAAAGGCUUUCAGAAACCUCUACAACACUCUGUAUGGACUCAAGAGGCCCAAAGCGCUCAAACUUUUAGGAAUGGAGGAUGACGAGCCUCGAACAAAGGGUAAAAAAAAACCAAAGAAGAAAAAAGAGGAGGAGGUGGAGAUCGACGUGGACGACCCGGAGGUGUGCAGGUUCAAGUUCCCCUUCCACGAGCUGAUGCUGUGGGCCGUGCUCAUGAAGAGACAGAAGAUGGCGCUGUUCCUGUGGCAGCGCGGGGAGGAGGCCAUGGCCAAAGCGCUGGUGGCCUGUAAACUGUACAAAGCCAUGGCCCACGAGUGUUCAGAGAGCGAACUGGUGGACGACAUCUCCCAGGACCUCGAGAACAACUCCAGAGAGUUUGGGCAGUUGGCGUACGAGCUGCUGGACCAGUCGUACAAACACGAUGAGCAGGUGGCCAUGAAGCUCCUCACCUACGAACUGGUGAACUGGAGCAACUCCACCUGCCUCAAACUGGCCGUCGCCGCCAAACAGAGGGACUUCAUCGCCCACACCUGCAGCCAGAUGUUACUCACAGACAUGUGGAUGGGCUGUCUGCGCAUCGGAAAGAACCCCGGCCUCAAGGUUAUUCUGGGGAUCAUUUUUCCUCCUCUGAUCCUGCUGUUGGAUUUCCGAGUUGGAGACGACGCGUAUCAGGCAGGAUCAGGGAUGGACGACGGGAAAGAGAAAGACGAGGACACAAAAUCUGGAAAGGAACCUGCCGAUGCCACGUCCAGAAGAGGAGACGAGGAGGAAGGAAGCACCAAAGUCCGGAAGAUCCCCAUUGCCAGACGAUACUUUGAGUUUUAUGACGCACCAUUCACCAAGUUCUGGUUCAACACUAUUUCCUACCUGGGUUACUUGAUGUUGUACAACUACAUAAUCCUGGUGAAAAUGGAGCGGUGGCCUUCGAUUCAGGAGUGGAUUGUCAUCGCGUAUAUUCUCACACUUGGUACAGAGAAAGUCAGACAGAUCCUGAUGUCCGAGCCGGGGAAGCUGAAGCAGAAGGUGAGUGUGUGGAUGGAGGAGUACUGGAACAUCACGGACCUGGUGGCCAUCUGCACGUUCCUCCUGGGCCUGAUGCUUCGCCUGCAGCCUGAGCCGUACAUGGGCUACGGUCGGGUCAUCUACUGCAUCGACAUCAUCUUCUGGUACAUCCGCGUCCUCGACAUCUUCGGAGUCAACAAGUAUCUGGGGCCCUACGUCAUGAUGAUCGGCAAAAUGAUGAUCGAUAUGAUGUACUUCGUGGUGAUCAUGCUGGUGGUGCUCAUGAGUUUUGGAGUGGCGCGUCAGGCCAUCCUCCACCCGGACGAGGAGCCGACGUGGCGUCUGGCACGAAACAUCUUCUACAUGCCGUACUGGAUGAUCUAUGGGGAGGUUUUUGCAGACUCGAUAGACCGUAAGACUAGAAUUCAUAUCUACGCCAUGGAAAUCAACCCCCCUUGUGGUGAGCAUCUGUAUGACGAGGACGGGAAGAAGCUGCCUCCGUGUAUCCCUGGAGCCUGGCUCACUCCGGCCAUCAUGGCCUGUUACCUGCUCGUGGCCAACAUCCUGCUCGUCAACCUGCUCAUCGCCGUCUUCAACAACACAUUCUUUGAGGUGAAGUCCAUCUCAAACCAGGUGUGGAAGUUCCAGAGAUACCAGCUCAUCAUGACGUUCCACGACCGGCCCAUUCUUCCUCCUCCCCUCAUCAUCCUCAGUCACCUGUACAUCCUCCAGAGCCGACUGUUCAGGCGCUGUGCCAGGAAGAGACAGGAGGGGGAGCUAGACGAGAAGGACCGCGGCCUCAAGCUGAGGUUGAAUCCUGAGGAGCUGAAAAACCUGUACGAGUUUGAGGAGCAGUGUGUGGAGGAAUACUUCAGGGAGAAGGAGGACGAGCAGCAGUCGUCCAGCGAUGAACGCAUCAAAGUCACCUCAGAGCGAGUGGAGAACAUGUCCAUGCGUCUGGAGGAGGUGAACGAGAGGGAGAACACGAUGAAGGCCUCGCUGCAGACCGUGGACCUGCGCCUGGCCCAGCUGGAGGAGAUCCACGGGAGAAUGGCCGUGGCUCUGGAGAAGCUGGCCGGCGUGGACAAACUGGAACUGACCCGAAGUUACUCAAGAAACUCGUCCGUGUGCGACCCCUCCUCGCUCCACCGCCAGGGCAGCAUCAACAGCGCCGACGGGUACAGCCUCUACCGCUUCCACAUGGACAUGGAGGAGUUCUCUCAAAAGCAGAAAGAGGGGGAUGAAAGUAAAACCGUGGAGAAGCAAAAGAGUGUACGCUCAACUCACUCUGCGCUGAACAAGGACAGCAACAGCCUGGAAGUGUGCGGCAUUGAACGAUCCAGACCUGGGUCACGUGUGGACAUCUUGAUCUCUCCGUGUGAGCAAAAGUCUCUCAGCUCAAGUCAAGAAAUAGUGUCCAGAGAUUUACAGGGAAGCACACAGAUACUGGACAAGCUCAUCGAUCAGAACAGACUUCGUCCAUCAUCGCCUCCGAAACGAACAAAGUCGUUGCGAUGUUAUCCACAAGAAGAACAAACUACAUCACCUCACCUGACCAAACGUAGAUCAAUGAGUACAAUCAUCAUCAGCCCUCCAGAUGAGCCAGAGGAACCAGAAGAACCUCAAAGCGUAACUCCAACGUUUGAUAUUCCAGUUGGUUCUCGUCCACAAAGAACUAAGUCUUUGAGAUACGACCCUCCUGAAGACGUAAUUACAAAGAAGAGAACUAUGAGUAGCAUCAUCUACAGUCCAAAAGAACCUGGUGACUGUACGCAAGUGGACUACAAAUCACUACUGGAGCAGGUCAGCCAAACCCCGAACCAGUGGCCGGCGACUUUAGAAUAUAAACUACAUCCAAGUGUCGCUGGACAAAUGCCGAAAGUUUCAACUGUUACAAAUCUAGCGCAGCAAUUUCAGGACUCUUCGAGACAAACUGAACAGCAAGAAAGAGUUGUAGAAACCAGCCCAGACAUUCCUCCACCAGUGCCACCAAAAAUACCAGCCAGAAGGAACUUGUCAGACUCCACGGACUACCUGGCUGUAGCAGAUGAUCGGUUUCUUCCGUAUUACAGGUCCCGGAGCUUUAACGUGUCUGACAGGAAACCCAAGCCCACGGUGAGUGAGUCCAGAGCGGCCAGCAGCCAGAUGGACCUCACUGGAGCCCGUGGAGCUCCUAAAGAAGAGAGUAAGGUGGGGACUAGAGAGCAAACAGAAAAGGGACCAGAAGAGGACUGAAAACAACAAUGGCCACGUUUACAUGAGAACUUUAAUUCCGAAU